AUGGUAAACCAGACUGAAGGUUAUGUCUCAGAGCUAAUAACUCGCUCCACGACUGCUUGUUUGCUUUUUAUUUUUGUGCUCUCCACCUUUCUAGGGAAUGCUCUGGUGUGCACCGCAGUGGUACGGUUCCGUCAUCUGCGCUCCAAAGUGGCGUAUGUGUUUGUAGUGUCUUUGGCCGUCUCAGAUCUCUUAGUUGCCUCUCUUGUAAUGCCAUGGAAAGUAGCCGCUGAGAUUGUGGGUUUCUGGCCGUUCGGCAGUUUCUGUGAAGUAUGGAUAGCCUUUGACAUCAUGUGCUCCACUGCCUCCAUUCUUAACCUGUGCAUCAUAAGUGUGGAUCGUUACUGGGCUAUUGCUAUCCCUUUGAGCUACGAGCAGAAAAUGACCAGAAGAGUGGCUUUUGUCAUGAUUGGAGUGGCAUGGAUGCUCUCUGUUCUGAUCUCAUUCAUUCCUGUGCAGCUAAGUUGGCAUAAGAGUCUCCGCCAUAAAGAAGACCUGGGAGAAAUGGCUGAAAAGUGCGAUGCCAGUUUAAACCGCACUUACGCCAUCACGUCAUCUGUAAUCAGCUUCUACAUCCCUGUCUCCAUAAUGAUUGUCACUUACACUCACAUCUUCCUCAUAGCGCAAAGGCAGAUCCGAAGGAUAUCAAUGCAAGAGUGCACCAUUAAGCAUGUUCAGUCCUGCCAGAGCUGCAAUAAAGCACCUGAAGAGAAAUUAAAAAGUGCAUUUAAGAGGGAAACCAAAGUCCUGAAAACCCUGUCGAUGAUCAUGGGUGUGUUUGUCUGCUGUUGGCUCCCUUUCUUCAUUCUCAACUGCAUGGUGCCAUUUUGUGACCCUGGCCUCCACAACACCGGACAGAUCCCAUGUGUCAAUAAGACGACUUUUGAUGUGUUCGUGUGGUGUGGGUGGGCGAACUCUACCUUGAAUCCUGUAGUUUAUGCAUUUAAUGCAGAAUUCCGCAAAGCUUUCUCCAGUCUCUUGGGAUGUGGGAAGUUGUGCUCUCGGAAUACUGUGCAAACGGUUGACUUCAGCAAUGAGCUGGUGUCAUACCAUCGCGACUCCACAAACCUUCAAGACAUUCACCUCUUCAGUCAGCCCUGUCUGCAUCCGCAUGCUGUCAGGGAGGAAAGUGAUAAAGAUAUGUGCUUUGACACAGUGUCAAAGAUGGCUGAAGUCCCUUAUGAGACUGAAUGUAACUUUGUAUAUGGGGAAAGGCCUCCUAUGCUAAGUCAUGGAGAAACAGAACUAUCAUUGGAUAAAAUCAUACCAUUUACAAAAGAAGACGAGUUAGCGUCUCUUGAACAUGUGGCUCAUAAUGAAAGUGAAUCUCCUAGUAUCUCUGGAAUAUUGUGA